AUGCCUCUGACGAUCUCCGAAAUUGGGAUCGUGCCCUCCGUCGAACGGUUCGUCAGCACGAACGACCUCCUCCAUCACAUCCGCGCCCUCGGCCUGCUUAUUGUCCUGACCUUAUGCGUCUCCAUAUCCGCCUAUAUCCUCGCCCUCCACUACGGCCGCCCUACGCAAUUCUCCUCCUUCGAGCCCCGCGUGGGCUUCCAGGCCGACUCGGGCGGGCGCGACUCGAUGGACAUCAUCUCCGCGUGCGCCUCCACGCUCAUCACCUGCGUCUACAGCUCCGUGCACUUCGACGUCCCGCGCUCGUUCGCGCACCGCCUCUCCCUCCGCCAGAAGCUCGUCGCGCGCGACUACUGGCUCGAGCUCUGGGUGAAGGUCACCUUCUGGCUGCUCGGCGUCUUCUCCCCAGAGAUGCUCGUCCUCCACGCGUUCUUCGAGUACAUGAUCGCGCGGCGUGACGUCGCGUGGAUGCGCGAGCACGGGCACGCCGACUGGACGGUCGCCCUUGCGUUCGCCGCGGACAUGGGCGCCCUCAUUCCCGACGGGGCGAAGGAAGGCGAGCGGCCCCCGCACUCCGGCUUCGCGCUGCACGAGGCGCUGCUGCGUCACCACGAGCCGGGGGCGCUCGACUGCCGUGCCCUUGAGCACGAGCUCGCGGACCACACCAAGGCGGACACGCUCUUCAAGUUACUCACCACGCUGCAGAUCGCCCGGUUCUUCGCAGGUACUGUUGCACGUUGGGCGGUGCACCUCCCGAUCGCACCGCUCGAGACGAUCACUUGCGCAUACGUCGCGUGUACGCUCGUGUACUACGGGUUCUGGCUCCAGAAGCCGUACAACGUGAACGAACGGAUCAUCGUGCGUGUGCGCCUGACGCUUCCGCGCACACGGAGGCUCGCGCCUAGCCAAGUGCUCACCGGCCAGGACCCGCAGCCAGCGGCCACAGUGGGGAAAUUUUGUGUGCCCUUUUUGGAGCCGCCAAUGACGGAGACAGACCGCUUGCACGGAAGUGAGCGCAUGUGGCAGAGCAGUCCCUAUAUGACGCAGGGCUCGCUGGUCGCCGCAGCGGCGAGCGUCGUCGUUGGGCUCGCGCACCUCGCGUGCUGGGACGUCGAGUUCCCCAACAGCAACGGGCAGGUGCUCUGGCGGUACUGCAGCGUGCUGCUGUUCGCACUGCCCGUCGCGGUGUUCGUGAUCAUCCUCGGGGCCGCGAUCAUCGACCGGCAGCGGGUGACGGAGGUGAUGAACGUCAUGGCGCUGUCGAUGAUCGUCGUGUACUGCAUGGCGCGCGUCGUGCUGCUCAUCCUGCUCGGGCACUCGUUCCAGAGCCUGCCGAAGGGCGUGUACGACACGCACAGCGUGCCGUGGCUGUCGUUCAUCCCGUUCAUUCAUUAGGGGUGCUCGUUUUGCGGAAGACCAGCCAGUGAUGUUGAGAAUGGAGAACGUAUGAUUUCUGUGGACGUACUAUUUUCUGCUAGUUCUCAGUAGGUUCGAGCGGACCCGAGCUAAGUAAUAUAAG